GUGGCUGAGAAGGGCCUCUUUUCGAAUAAACAGAUAAACAAACAUGUUCCUGACCUGCGGGAUGGUUCCUGCCGCCGCCACCAUGGAUUACAAUGGAGAUUUCCAAGCUGGCUACCAGGAAAUCGACGGCAUCACUUUGGGUUACCUGCAGAUCAACGGCACGCGGAUGUUCGCUUUGACACAGGUCUUCAGCGACCUUUUUAAAGACAUCCCCCGUGCCACCGUGAGCAAAAAAAUGGAAAGCCUCAAGAUCCAGAGCCGCCGAUGCGACCUGAAGGAGCUGCGCACCCUCAAAGCCAUCCAGUCCGUGCCGAUGCGCGCCGUCAAGUGUUCGCUCAUCUCCAAGACGGACCUAGAGGCCCUCUGCACCUCUUGCAAGGCCCUAGCCCCCAGGAAGAGGAAAAGGAAGAGGAAAAGCAAGAGGAGGGACGCCAGAGACCUGUUCGAUCGGCCCCGGUUACUUCCCGCCUACAGCGCAUCCGACAGCGCCUUUCGCGCCAACGUGGGUGCCGGCUGUGCCAAGCGGGAUGCGCUCUUAGGGGGUCCCUUUGCUAGAGCAUACGAGAAAGACGCGCCGCUCCCAAAAAGCUACAACCGGAGCAGCAGAGGCCAGCUCUUGGCCGGCGUCCUGAGCGCUUACCCCGGUGACUUGCAGCUCCUCCACUCGGCGGUCAGAGCGCACGGAACCGCUCAACCGCCUAGCGAGCCAGACGCUGGACACACCAAGCGCUCAGCUUGCGGUUGCCUAACCAAGGAGAAGGGUCGCUCGGCAUCUUUCGCCGGCUCCAAGAGGCAAGGGACGUCGGCCGGCUACUCCAGCGACUCGGAUUCCAGCGGUGCGUCCUGCCUGGCAACCUCCAGCGACUCCUCAGAAGAGGAGGACGAGGAGGACGAGGAGGAAUCGUCUUGCAGCAGCGAAGAAGGCAGCUCCUCAGGGUCAGAAAGCAGCUCCUUGUGCAGUGGAGACUCGGUGCAAAGCACCCGCUACAGACAGGCGGCCCUUCCCCGCAUCCCAUCCCAACCUGCCGCUUCCCAAGCCCUCCCCGGCAUAGUCAAAGCUCUGCGCCCCGACCCGAACCUACUCUUUUGGGCCAGGACACUGCGCGCCUCCACUUUGGAAACUUUCAAGCCGGUUCCUACCAUCGCGCCAAAGGAGCCGCUUCAUGAAGACUUGGAGCCUCGCGUAAAGCAGGAGGCGAAGAGCUCUCCUGCUUCCCCAGCCCGUCCCAGCGAGGGCCCACAGCCAAAGAAUGGAGGCUUUAGGGAAGCAUCGAAGUCGUGCGUCCAGGAUCGUGAAGACUCCUCCAAGGAGAAUGAGUCCUUGAACUCCAGGGAGCAACUCCACGUCGAUCAGCCAGACAAGGCUGAGGAAUCGGGUCUCCAACAGGACUCCAAGGAAGGGUCGGGAAGAGAGGCUCAAUUCGACAGGCUUAUCAGGCAGUCCAAGCUGUGGUGCUACGCAAAAGGCUUCAGUAUGGACGGAAAAGGUUUACGCAGGGUCGAGCAGGCCAAAGGGAGUUUCUCUACUUCCAAAGCCGGCUUCCUCAGCCUGGCCAACAAACCUUUAAAAAGCGGCAGCGACUUAGAAAGAAAUGGUAAACGCAGGCGUACAGAGCAGGAAAGGCAGGCUAAAGGAAGGCCCCCAAAGCUUCCGAGGAAGACGACCAAAAAGGGGCCCACCCUGCCUUGUAAACGCCUGCUCAACACCAGCCUGGCGCCUACCAGGCAUCCCUUUACUUUGAUGGGCACCUUCCCCUGUACACCCGCGUUGGUCGUCGGCUCCGACGGGGAUCUGUGCCCUGCGUCUUCUCUGUGCGUAAAAGACUCGUGUGCCCUCUCCAAAACGCACCCGCUUUGGACCUGGCAGCUGGGGGGCAAUGCUAUCCCCAUGCCCCCCAGCCUGAAAUUCCGGGGAUACCGUUUAGAGGACUUCUAGAUGGAGGAUAUAAGCUUAUUUACAUGCAACAGGUUGUCUUUUUGGGGGUGGAGAAGGGGUGAAUCGAAUAUAUAGCCAAAAAGAGUGUGAAAAUCUGGCAUUACUGUCUUAAAAAAUAUAUAUUUACUCAGAAGUAACCUUGGUUUCAGUGGCCUUUAAUUCCAAGUAAGUUUGUUGAUUAUAGCAGCUUGUGAUCUUAAAACAGUUGCCUGGAAGUAAGUUCCACUGAAAUCGAUGGGACUUAUUUUAGAGUAAAUGGGUUUAAAGGGUAAAAAGAGACCGGCUUUCCAAAUAUGAUCACUAUUUUUUAUCUUUUUAAAGCCCUCAAGGACCCCCUUCACAAAUGGAAUUUCUGGCAUUCCUUUACUUUUAAAACAGCAAAGGCUUUGUUUUAAAGAGCCCUCUCAUUCCUCGUUUCCUUAAAAGAUCCUGCAACUAAAAUGUUGAAAUUUGAAUCUUACUUGAAAAUAGGCCUCAAGUUGUGGAGGGAGGAAAAUAAUUGAUUAAAAAAAAACACAUUGGUGGUGUGAGAAAGAGAGUAAAAGAGAUUGGAGAAUAAAAUUCGGUGUAAUUUUUAAAAAAAAAUUUUUGGUAGGGGAAAUAAUACUGUGGCUUAAUAUGCUCAAUAUUUUACUAUGUAGAGCCAAAAGGAUUGAGUGCCUGUAUGUGUUUUUUAAAGACAAAGGCAGUUUGGAGCAUAUCUGGACUCCCCCCUCCUUUUAACAUGGAGUGGUUUGUUCCAUGUAGAGAAAUUUGGAAGAGUUUGUGGGUGUGUUAUAGGGAAUGAUAAAGUUUCAAGCAAGCCUCCCCUCCCCCUCCCAAGUGAAAGACCCUUCUCUUCUCCCCCUCCCUCAUUUGCCAAGUUAAAAGUAUACUCCCUUCCCCUCCCCCACCUUUCUUCCUUAAUUUGGAAGAGAAAUGGCAUGGCCUUUCAACUAACGCACAUUAAACUCAUCAAAGCAUCACUCCCCUCCCCCCAUCCGUUUCCUGAACUAAAGGAAGAGAAAAGUGACUUUUUAAAUCCCCAACAGCAGAAUUUUGCAAGGGGAGAGAAAAAUGUAGAAUGGGAUUCCUUUUUUCUUUUCACCCAGAAUUGGGGGAGAAGGGAUAGCGCAAAAAGUGGUUUUAAACAAAAGUAUUUAUAUUUUACUGCCUACCGAAGAGGCAUGGAAGUGGGGGAGGUGAAGUCCUUUGAAAUUCCCUGAUCUUGACUAAACCAAAAGGAGAGAAACACAGACAGAAGGGUUUGAAACUUGCUUUUUUUAAAAAAGGAGGUUGUUGUUUGUUGGUUAAUAGAACCCUGACGCUCAGUAGCCUAAGGUAACAUUCUGUUUAUUUAAAAAUUUACUGGAAAAAGAAAUUGGAUCCAGGGGCAAAUUUGCAAUGAAAUACAGAUGGCCAAUUUGAUCUCCAAAGUGGAAUGCCGAAAAGAGGGGAUUUUUCCCCCAUGCUAGAGGAAACUAUAUAUUUCCCUCCCCAAUACAAAUGUUCUUUUCUUUAUUUUUCUUGGUGCAAUAUUCCUCUUUGUAUUCAAAGAUUUCCUUGCCUCUCUGAAAUCAAAACCAAAUCAAAUCUUCAAUCCUAUGGGGGAGGGAAAAAUACAUAUGUGCAACUGAACCUCUGUCUCUCCCCCCACCCCCAGCCCACUCUCUCUAUAUUAAAAUAGGUCCCAUUUAAAAAUUAAAUCUCAGGGCACAAGUAAGAACUCAGUCAUUCCUGAGUAUGCUUGGAGUUGCUGUACAAUCAAUGGAGGUCAUGGAGCAGUUUUAAUAAGUGCAAAGUAUCUUUUCCUGCAAGGUAAAUACUUCUGGAAUUAUUGGGACUUAAACCCCAACAUCUAAACAUGUUCAUACGGAAGUAUACCCCAUAUUGACUGAUUUUACUCCCAAGUGACUGUGCUCUGGAUCAUUGUCAUGUUUUGGAAUGAGAUGCCUGUCUUUGUUCCCUUCCUCCUUUUAUUAAAACAGCAUUUUCUUCCAUGUAAGAAACUUAUUUGAGAAAAAGAAAAUUAAGGAUUGAUUAAAAAUUGCAGAUUUCAACUAAGGGGGAAUUCUUGCCUCUUAAAUUUCACAAACUGAUUUGGAAGUGACAAUGAAACAAACUGAACUUGGAAUAGAUAAAUACGGUUUUUAAAAUGUUUAAGGCUGCAUUCCUGAACACAGUUACAUGGAAAUAAUCCCAUGCUGUAAUUGCUGGUGCUCACUUCUGAUUAAACAUGUUUAAAUACUAAAACAUUUUUUUCUAGCCAAAAUAUUCUAUAGGCUUACACUCUUUUGGGUGGGAGUGACUCAGUAAACAUGCUUGGUAUAGUUCUGUAAGUAUUUUUUUCUUUUUGCUAACCUGCAUUUUUAUUGGGGUGGGGGAGGAAAUUUGUAUUGUUCAAAUCAGUUCUCAAUGAGGAGUCACUUUCCCGUGCCCCCAAAGAAAAUAUGUAUAAAGAAAAUGGGUAUAAAUUAGUUUUUAUGAAUUUGGGGCACUACAAUGCUCUUGUGCAAACCACAUAUAUUUGGGCUACAUUUGUGCAGGAGAAUUUCCCACUUAAUUGUCCCCAAAAGUUUUCAACAACACAGAUAAAACCAGAUUAUUCCUGGGAACAUUACAUAACUUGAGUGUUUUAUAUGUGAAGGGAUAAAUUAACAUGAUUUUGGCUGCAAACUCCCCUUUUUGGUAACUGGUCUUGAACUUUUGUUGCCUAGAAAUUAAGUUGUUUUUGCUAAAAUACUUCAGGGUAAAAAAAAGAGAGGUUUUUAUUAUUAUUAUUAUUAUUAUAUAGCCUAGUCUUUUGGGCUGUUGGACUUGGAGAAAGGGAUAACUGGAAGAACGUGAGAGAGAGGGAGGACUUUUCUUUUUGCUGUUGUCUUAAUUUUCUUCAAAAACAACCUCAUGCUCCCCUCAGCCCUGUCUUUUUACUUUGUGUUCAAAAUAUGGGCCCAACUUUGCUUAAAUUAAAGGAGGGGUCCUGAUGUUUGCCAAGCUGAAUGCUGCAUUAGUCUAACUGCACACCUUAUUUUCAAAGGAAUGUGCAAUUCGAUGGAGACCAAAUAUUGACAUGUCCUCUCCCCCUCUUCCUUCAAUCUCUACCUUUAACUUUGUUAUGGGCUUUUUAAACUGUGAGCCACAAGCAGGAGAGAAACAAAAAAGAAGCAUAUAUAAAAUGAAGUCUGACAUACAAAGAAUUUGUUAAAAUGGGGAAAAAUUUAUUCCUAUCUCAUUCUCACUAUGUCCCAGUGAACACAGUCUGUAGAACCAGGUCUCCAUAGCAUAUCUAUUCUCCAAAUAUGGAGAAGCCUGCUGAAUGUGGGGGUGUAUGUGCAGAGAGGGGGAAAGCACCCAUUUUCCCCAGCAAUGGGGAAAAUGCAUGCCUUACACCAGAGGAGAUCCCUAUGCACACACUCCCCCCCACCAGAUUGUGCAGUUUAUCUGCAGGCACUACUCUGUGUGUAUGUAGCCUGCUGGUUCUUGGAUCAGGCUUAAACACAAUGCUUCCCCCCCCCCGGCCUUCCUCCUUCUUUCCUUUAUAUCAAAAGAAGAAAUAUUCCAGCUAUUAACAAACAUUUAUGAGAAAACCAGCAGAAUAAAAUACUGCAAACAGGAGAUGGCAAUUUGCAGGAAAAUUCUUUAUAUAUUUAAAGGAAAGAGUAAUCUCUUCUCUGGUUUGUCUCUAGCCUCUCUGUUCUGCUUUCUACACACCAUACUAUCAUGGCCACCAGCCACGUCUCUUGCACAAGUCCCUUUGGAAUGAAUGGGAGGUUCAUAUACAGGCACAUCUUAUACAACACCCAUUCAUUUCUGAAGGGAUCAUGCAGAAGAACUUCCUGGUGAAUUGUGCCCCCUCUCGUAUGUGUGUAUAAUUUGUAUACAAUUUGUUUCAUCGUUCUUAAAAACAUACAUACAAAUAUGCAUAUUUUUCAAGGCACAGGGUAGUAGUGUUCAGCACCCCCCCAGUUGUACAUGUAGAAAAGAGCACAUACCUAUCACAUGAAUACAUAUAUUAUGAGCAUGUGUGUAUAAACCGUGUGUAUAUGUUUGCUAAUUUUACAAAAUGAAAUGUAUGUGUACACAAUGUGGGUAUAUAUCUUUAUUUAAUUAUAUUAUUAAGCAUUAUCCUUCAAGAAAGUAUCAAUAGCUGCCAGUGUUUGGUGGCAUGUCAGAGACUAGGGCUGCAGUGCUAAGUACAUUUACUAGUAGAGUAAGUCCAACUGAAUUCAGGGACUUAUUUCUCUGUAGGCAUGCUACAGGGGUGCAGUCCUGUUUCUUUAGCAAUCAUUGGCAAAAACUCCCCUGGAUUGCAAUACAGCAGGGUUCCAGCCCAACUCCCUAGAUACAGAGCCUCACAUUUGCUCUGAUGUUCACAUGGACCACAUGCAUACAUGCAUUGUCCCAUUCAUUUUUAUGAAGGAAGCAGAUAGGCAUUUGUAAAGUGUACGCAGAUUUGCUUCCUCCACUGAAAUGAAUGGGAACACACCUUGCUGGUCAUGGAGUUUUGUCUCUGGAGUUUGUUUCACAGAUGGGAAGUUGCUGAAUUUUUGUAAACCUAUGCUACUGCAAUUUAUCAGUUUAUAGUGCACUCACCAAUGACGCUCAGGGUGCCCUUAGGAGUAUUUUCAUCAUAUGUGAGACUAGAUGUGCAUAUUGUCAUUCCUGCAGCUGUGAUGCAAAUAUAAGUUUGCUAAUAUGAAUAUAAUGCGAUUUAAAAACUGACUCUCAUUUUUAUACAACCUUAAGAACAUUCACACAUAUGUCAAAAGAGUGUAAGAGAGACUCAAGGGUGCUUUUAAAGUUGUGUCUGAAAGCAUUUUUAUUCAUUUAUUUUAUUCUUUUUAAUAUGUAAAAGUCACCUUCCACUAAAAAUGCCCCUGGCAAUUUUGAAUACAACGAAUCUCACAUGGGAAGUGCCCAGUUUGAAUAUGAAUGAUGGUCCUUAUGAAUGUGGCAGUUAUGGUCAGAUUAUUUGGCAGGUGUAUAUGACUUCUAAAAUAUGACUUCUAAAGUUGUACCUUAUUGAUCUGCCAAUUACCACUUUUACUGAGGGGGUACUUUACACCUAGGCUGUAGGCUUGGAGAGGGUAAUGGUGGCAUUCCCAUCCCCAGAAAAUGUUUGGCAUGGCUUUGAUGAUCUUUUGAGGUCAAAGGUGGUGAAAUCCAAACAGCGCCACCCACCCCAAGAAAAAUAUAAUCAUAAAUUAAACAACUGACAAUUUGUUCAUCUUUACUAGUAGCAUAGUCUUUCAGUGGAACCAGCUGGCUCAAUCUAUUUACCUAAUGGCAGGAAUGACCCUCAAUAUUUUUCUACAACUGCAAAGCUAUUUAAGGUUUGGAAAGAAGAUGCAUAAUGGUGGCUGGUGAAAUUUUGGACAUUCUCACAUAGUAGGAUCUGCAAAGCCCCUUGGAGCCUCUCUUUUUUUCAUCGCUCCCUGUUUGCAUAUGUGAAUGUUAUCAGUGCAAAAAAGACAGACAUUUUCAAAUCAGUUGUACAUUCUAGCCAAUAAUAGGUUUCAUAAUCACAAUUUUAUGCACUAAAGAUGCAUAAAAUACUUUUUUUCUUGUGCAAGAAUUUUUUGAAAAAUGAUUUAAGUCUUGUAAAAGCCAGUAUCAUCUCAGUAGCACUUUGGCACUUUUCCCCUAGGUUUCUAUUUAUGUCUUAUGUAUGUGUUUAUGUUAAGGCAGAUACAUUUUAAAAAGAAAUAGCUGAUAGAAAUUCAGCCUGUUGUAAUCAUAAGGCUGCUAUCAGCACACUUUAUUGGGAGUAAAUCCAGCUGAGAUUUACUUCUGAUUAAACAUGCUUAGGACUGCGCUGUGUGUAUUGCAUACCUACUUAAAAAUAAAUUUCACUGAAAUGUAUUAUACUGGCUUCCAAGUAAAUGAAAUAAUGAUCAAGGUGCUAGUCCUCUUGGCCAAUCAAUCUUGUAGCAUGACCUUAUAUCAUUAACAUGCAAGUUGGUUCCACUGAAAUAAUGAGAUCACACAGUGCAAUCUAAUCUAUGCAUGUCUGCUCAGAAAUAAGCCCCAUUGAGCAAGUUGAGCUUACUCCCAGAACGAUGGUUUGUAGCCUACAUUAAAGUUCAGGGCCAAGUGAUAUCAGCAGAUGGAGAGAAAGUAUAUGGAUGAGUGUGUAAAUACACAGUUUUGAGUUGGAUUGUGUGAAAUGCCUACAAAUUCUCAUGCUCCUUGAACAAGUUGUCAGCUACACAGGACUUCUUGUGUGUGCAAAAGAUAACAGUCCUCAUCUUGGCCACCCACAAAAACCCUUUUUACCUACUUCAAAAAUUUCUCGGGAACUUGAUGUUUCUUUCAGAAAGAUUUUUGGUAGUCAAUUGCAAUGCUAUAAACAACUACAAAUAAGAUAUGUGACAGAAGCUGAAGCUGGGCAGACUAAACAGAACAACAGCAAAAAAAUAAAAACAUUACCAAUGGGAAAAUAUAAAGAGCACUCACUGUUUUGUAUAGGGCUUUAAAGAUAAUAUCCUCCUGUGUGAGUACAAUAAGAAUUCCCCCCUGGAUUGUGCCCUUAAAGCUCCACAAACAUAAAGGAGAAAAGCCACACACCUCGGUCCCAUGGAUGGGUGUUUGCCUGCUGUGUUCAGUGAGGCUUAUUCCCAUGUAAGUGUAACGCUGAAAUAUAUUGUAUCUAAUAUUAGUCAUAUUCAGAGUAGACCCAUUGAAAUGAAUGGGCAUGCCUAACAUAGGCCUUAAAUUUCAAUGUGUCUACUUUUAAAUAAAACUUAGUUAAAUACAACCUUUGGGUUACAAAUUGUGGUGGUUUUUUGUUUGUUUUUGCAUGCUCAUGGGAGUAAGUCCAAUUUAACACAGAAGGAAUGAGUAAAUGUGCUUGGGAAUUGUGUCAGUUCUUUAUAUACCUCCCAAAGAAAAUUAUUUUAGCAAUAUAAUGUUAUUUUUUUCAGGGGGCGGGAUGGCUUUCAAAUGUUCAGAAAGGGUGUGCAGAAGAGGAAGAGACAGCAGCACUCCUUAGAUUGUUUGGAGGUGAAAAACUGGACAAAAACAAGUAGAAUCCUUUUAGUUAAAAAAACAGCAAUAACCUUUUAUAACAUACAAGGCCCCUGCUUUUUGAAAAGGACAAAUAAACGCCAUGAUCCCAAGACAGCCAUUUGAAGUGAGUUCCCCACUCCCCAGCUCAGGUAUUCUCAGUUUGGAGAUUUAUAUAGAAAGUGGUAUGUUGAUUAUUUUUUUUAAUGGGGCUGCAUGGGGGGGGAAUACAAAAGUAGAGGUGAGUUUCUCAGGUUCCUCCCCCCCUUUCUUUAUUUCCCCCCUCUUUUUGCAUUGCCUUGCAAGUUGGCUUUGCAGUGUGAAGCAAAAUAAGCCUCUGUUUUCAUGUAAAUAGCUUGACCUGUGCAAGAAAGAAAGAUAAAUAAGGAGAGGCUUGAGGGAAGAGAAUGUGGGGGGGCUGGUUUGUAGAAAGGGGGGGAAAGCAAACAUAUAAACACCCCACUGGCUCCACUUUCUGGUUUUAAAUAAAUGUGUCUCCCUUAUUUCAUGGAGAGAGAGAGAGAGAAAUACACAAGUAAAGUGGUGGUAAUCUGGGAAUGUCUUUACUUAUUCUAGUUAGUGUCUUGUCUCCAAACCAGAGAAGAGGGACAGAGUUAAAAAGGAAGGGGAUUUCCUUUGGGAAAGAGCCCAAAUAUAUUUCUUACUUUAAGGGGAUUUGAAAUGGGGGAGUGAGAAAGAGUGAAAAAUUAACUUCUUCCAGUGAACAAUGUACAUGAUUUGCAAUAUAUGCCAACUCAGAAGACAGUCCCCAUUGAGUUCAGUGGGACUGACUUACAGGUAAGCGUGUUUAGGAUUGCAGGUUUGGUUACGUGUGACUGCAAUUCCAUCCUCUCUCCUCAGAUGAGUUUCCUUAAGAUUCUGCAUUUCCUAUCACCCUUUUUAGUUUAUUUUUAAAGCAUCCUUUCCAUUUUGGAACACAUCUUGGAAAAUGAAACACGAAAGGAAAAAGGAGAGAGUGGGUUUUCCAUCUCCUACCAACACCCUUCCCAAAAUAUACUUGACUUAAGAAGGGGGGGGAGCGUAAUGUAAUUUAAUUUAU